CCUGUGAACCUUGUGGUACUACUCAUGCAGGAUACAAACAAACAGAUCAUAUAUGUCUUUGAAAGCUCAUCUUCUCUUUAAAAUGCCAUUAUAAACCAGCAGCAAUAUGAGUGUCAAGAAGAAGAAAAGGCAAAUAUUUUCCCAAUCCAAAAAACAGAAAAGCAAAAAGGGAAGAAGAAAUUAAACAGCAUGGGAUCCAAAGAGCAAAAAAAAGCACUGCUCAAUCAACAGUUGGAGCAACUCGGUUCAAUUACCAAUUCUCCUUCAGCGAAUAAGACAUCAAUCAUUGCCCAUGCAUCAAAGUAUAUAGAGGAAUUAAAAGAAAGGAUUGACAAGUUAAAUGAAGAUGUUUCAACCUCACAACCUUCUCAUGAUCAUGAUAAUGAAGAUUCGUUACCAGUGGUUACAGUAGAAACCUUAGAGAAGGGAUUCAUAACAAAUGUGUUUACAGAAAAGAAUAGCCCUGGUUUGCUAGUCUCCAUAUUGGAAGCCUUUGAACAGCUUGGCCUUGAAUUAUCAGAUGCUAGGAUUUCUUGUUCAGAUAGUUUUCGCCUUGAAGCUGUUAGUGAUAAUGAAGGACAAAUUGAAUGCGUAGAUGCCCAAAUGGUAAAACAAGCAGUCUUGGAAGCUAUAAGGACCUGGAACCAAAGCAACGAACAAGAUUAGUUUAAUCAGCUUUUGUUACCCUCCCCCCCCCCCCCCCCCCCAAGCCAAACCCAUACAAACAAAAAGAAAGAAAAGAACAAAAAAAAAUGAGAAACAAACGAGGCAAAUAAGCAAAAAGGAAAAGUAUUUUUUGUAGCUCCUGCAUUCUAUGGAUUAAUAUUAAUCAACAACGGCAAUCAUUUGAAAACUAGCUUGAGCACACCCAUAAUCACUUACAUAUUUGUAUACGGUAUAAACCGGGGUAAAAUGUUUGGGUCCGUCGACGGAAGAUCGGAGCAAGAUAUGAGAGUUGGCUUUGAGAUGUAACAUCGGUUCGGGUUCAACCAGUCGGAUAGAAUAAAGCCGAGGGAUCAUAAACCGGAGGGACGCUAGUUGACACGAACGCGAGAAAUCCAACCUGCAACGGAUUUCUCGCUGCCCGUCACGUUAUCAACCGUUGAGGCUCCCGAGAUCGUCAGGAUCACUAUCUCCUUAACAGAUUUAGUUACCAUUUAGAGCUCUAACUCUUGUACUAUAUACAUAUAGGUGAAUUUUCUCAUGAGGGCAUCUGAUUCUCAUUACUCUUACAUUCUUACUCUGUAACCACUCAAGUUCCUAAGUUAUUGAUAAGAUCUGGCUCGAGCAUCAAGCCCAUUACUCUGAACUGGACUAAUUCACGGUGUCCAUCAAUUGACAAUUAAGGCUAUUACUUUUCUUGUUCAUUA